GUGCCGGUCACGACUCAACGAGAUAAGCGGUUUUCUACAGGGACAUUCACGAUGAGAGACGAGUUCAGCUUUUAAAAUGUCAUAUCGUCGUGUGUACCAGCAGAAUUAAUACACAGGACAAAAUCACUGGCAUGUGUUUGAGAUCAACUUGCAGAUCAUAACAAAACUGAAGAUUCAGGUAAGCAGCUCAAUAUAUAACAAAACUGAUAAACAAAGUCGUUUAUCUUUCUUGGUAAUAAUGACAGGUAAAUGCAGGAUAAACAAAGCUUUCAGCUCAGAACAAACAUGGAGAAACACAGGUAAGUCUUUCUUAAGCGAAUAUAAUCUAAAGGUGAGUCCAGUCAUCUUUUUCAACAACUGAAACAUCCAUAUCAACAUAAAGAUCAGACAAAGACUGUAGCUGUUUUCGAAAUCGCCCCCUAUUCCCUCAUUCACUAUUCCCUACAUUACUCCACUUGUCCACUUGAAGGAGUGAAUGAAAACGAGUGUGCGAAUUCACUCUAAUUUUUAAAAAUCAUUUGAAACUUAGCAAACUGGCAGCUCCAGCAGUAAUGAAAAGAUUUAUCUUGAACUCUGUCAUAGAAACUAGCACGUAUAAACCUUAAUUAAACAAUUUAAUAAUCAAUGAAAAAGGAAUUUAUACCUCUAUGAUAUUACACUAUACCAACAUUGGACCAGUGGUUUAGAAAAUGGAUGAAUGGAUUCAACUGCAGGCUCCAUCUUCUGGCGAGACGCAGGAAUUCAUUCAGCACGGCCCUCACAGUGCAUUAUGGGUAUUCUCUAGCUGUUGAGUGUACAUCGGUUGUACACUCGUUAUUGCGGUGCAUUAUGGAAUUGAAUGAGUGCACUUGAUAAUGUCCAGUAUGGUUUUCAGACACUAGUACAACUGGCUGUCCACUCAAAUCAGCCAGAAAUUUAAUAUUUAUGUAUCCCGAAAUAUAAUUAUAUUAUUUAAUGGCAGCUAUAUGAUUUGUGACUUGUUUAUCAGUGAUGGCAUAACUAUAGGUAACCCCUUUAUAAUCAAAUCUGUUGGGAAACAAUAGCACAAACACACACAGUUGUUUUCCUCCAACCAGACUUAACCAGACUUUCAGACACACAACUUCAGUCCAAUCAGGAUAUUCCCACGAGGGAGGAAGAGCUAAAUUGUUAUAAAUAACUAUGAGUCAGCCUUCUCGACCCAGUCCUGUCCUCGCUGAGGCUUCUUUGGGAGAUGACUUUGUAUCUUUGUGCUCUCUCUGAAGACCUGAGAUGACCGACAUGAUGUAAUUGGGCAGGAUUUGUUAGUUGUUGGUUGUGUGCUCUGUUAAUUGGUCUCUGGUGAUGUUCGGUACUCUGAACACAUUUAGCUUGCUUAAAAUGCACCUUGACUUUACAAUUAAAAAAUCUAAAUCUUAAAAGUCAUACAAAGUACCUCAACUUCUUAAUUUAUCUACCUAGUGCCAUGUUCUGUUCAGUUUAAUUUCAGUUUUCAUGGAUCUUCUAUUUGUUUUUGUCAGUCACAUGUGUUACCUGUUCUCAUUUGCCGCCACCAUGGACACUAACUCAUUCAUCACAGCUGUGCAUUGUUUGUCAAUCAUCACUGUGUAUUUAUGUUCCUGCCUGCGUUCUGUUCGGUGUCCAGUCAUGUUAAUGUGUUGUGUGCAUUACAUUAACACAUAAGUGCAUUACAUUAAUCCAACAGGUAGCGAUUAAAAUAGGCAAAUUUGGAUUGCUACCUGUUGGAUUAUACUUUGUAAAGCUUGUGUUGGAAUCUUAUUCUUCUGUGUCUUCGUCUUCCUGCCUGCACGCAUCCGUGACAGAUGACCGGACCUUCAAUAAUGGAUGAACGUGCGCAAUUUAUUGCAGUGGCUCAGGAGAGCCUCAAUUUUUUUCUUCUUCAUUUCUGGGAUUUUCCGUCUUGCCAUCACCAGCCCGCUCGACGAUGAGACCCUAAAGACCCUGUUCUGGAUCGGGGCUAACUAUCACAACCCCAUAAACCUCCCAGACACCACCGGACUGAAUUGGAGGGAAGCCAUGCUGAAGUGUCUGUAGAGCUUGCGGCCCGGAUCCAGGGCACAGCCAGACCCAGAGCCGAAGUUACCACCUUCGACCGCGGAAAAUGCGCAAGAGCCACCCGCAGACGUUAAGGGACCAUCCACCGUGACGAGUGAGCCAGAGCCUGAGGACCAAAGGACAGGGUUCACCAUCACACCGGAAGUUGAGCCCCCGAGCGAGUCUGACCAGGGGUGUGUGCCCAUGACAUCAGCGGAUGAGGGAACGGGAACCGAGGAAUGGCUGCUGGACACCAGUGAGAAGGAAUCGAUCCCCACCCAAGCCUACCCUGUAUCAUCUCCUUCAUCGCCGUUUAAAGAUAGCAUUAUGAACGAUAUGGAUUUAUUCUUCUCUUUGAUUUGUUUGGACUGUGCCCUACUCACCAUCAUCCUGCCCAGGCUGAUAUCACCUUCUUCACAGAGCUCUGCCAGUCCUCCAGCUCCGCCGCUGCUAGAAGCUUGCAGCCCUGCGCCAUCUCUAGAGAUGCCCUGCCGGGACGUCGAGCCACAGGCUGCGCAGCCAUCUGCAGCGCCUGAGCCAGAGGAUCCUGCAGCUCCACCUCCGGUCUCAGUUUCCCUCGUUCCAUCUUGGCCCGUCGACCUGUCGGCUCCGUCCUGGCUUCUUCCCACUUUGGCUCCUCCAGGGACCCUCAGCCUAGUGACUCCACCAGGUUCCCUCGUUCCCCCAGCUCCCCCUUGGUCAGUCGACGCUCAGCUUAAGCCACAGACAUAUGGGCCAUCCGCUAUGCUCCGUCCCUCCUCCCCUUCGGCUGCAGCGGGCUCCUUCCUUCCUUCAGGAUCGCCCCUGUCCUCGGUCUCAUCGCCCCAGUCCUCGGGUACGCUGUCUCCACCUAUGACACUUGUCGUCACAACAUCGCCUGGGUCUCCAGCACCAGCGAUGUUGCUCAGCAUCAUCGACCCUCCGUCUGCGCCAUCGGAUCCUGGGCUCUCGUCUCCGUUGGUCCUCCCCCAGAUGUCAGCAGCCACACCUACUGCAUCUUGGCUCUUCACGCCUUCGUGGGCUGUCGGCUCUGGGAAGCUCUGGGUCUGCGCUAUUGGGACUCCUCCACCAUCUACAUCGGGGUCUCGUCGUCCCACCAUCACCAUCCCUUUAUCUCAUCGUCCUUCCAUUACCAUCACUUCGCCACACUCUAUUCCCAGCCCUUCACCACAUUCUCGUCCUCCUCCUAAACCUCCUCCAUCUGCCAUCACUCUGCUACGCCGUGAGGACGCCCCUUGCCAGGAGGGGGCGUUACGUCACGUUCUAUUCAGUUUAAUUUCAGUUUUCAUGGACCUUCUGUUUGUUUUCGCCUGUUCUCAUUUGCCACCACUCAUCAGUCACCAUGGACACACUAACUCAUUCAUCACAGCUGUGCAUUGUUUGUCAAUCAUCACUGUGUAUUUAUGUUCCUGCCUGCGUUCUGUUCGGUGUCCGGACACAUUAAUGUGUUGUGUGCAUUACCCUUGCCUAUUUGGAUUGCUACCUGUUGUAUUAUAAUUAGUAAAGUUCAUGUUGAAAUCUUAUUCUUCUGUCUUCUCUUGUGCCGAUAUUUUAAUUCUCUUUCAUUUUCUUUGCACUUCAAUAGAUCUUCUUUGGAUCCGAGCCCAUUAUAAACACACUGACAUACUGAAACUAAGGUCAGACUUUAAAAAGGUGUCAUUUUUUUUUUAAAAUUUUUAUUACUGUUAAACUACUUUACAGAAUCCCUGUUAAAUAUACAAAAACAACGAAGCCAUUAGUAGGUUGAUUUCCCCCAAAAGUGUAAAUACUAUGAAUCUGUGUCUAUAUGGAAAUAUAUAUAUGGAAUCUAUAUGGAAAAUUCCUUUAUAUUAACAAGCCCUUUUUUAACAGUCAGCCAUGUAACUCGCUAAUCCAGUAAAAUAAAUAAUGUAAUUGAUUCUUUUCUUUUAAGGUUUAAAAGAACAUCAGGUACUACUGUGCCGAGAACAGCAGCAGCAAUCAUAUGAAAAGAAAUAGGGAGCAGUUAAAGUGAUUUUUAUGGUGAGGUGUGAUCAUUACAAUGGCAGUGGUUAUUUUUGUAAUCUGAUGGUUCAGUUAUUUAGGGCCCCUCUGUGACAAAUGAGAUCAUUAUCUCUGGUGGGGAUGAAUUACCUGUUGAAUUACUUAACAAGUUAAUGAGCAAUUUUCUAAGUGCGUGGGCAUGAUGCAUCUCGCCCUACAGAUAUGAGGACAAAUAGACAUUACGUGAAGAAAGGCUGACGUUCAGAAAGGACAAACUGGUUCACUGGGUUUUUUCUUUUAUAAAAUGACAUUUGAAGCAUGUUUUAAUAUAAUUGGAACUGAAAUUCGAAAUUCAUUUUUUUUUUUUUUUUAUUGCUUUCAAUUACCGGGUCACUUAUACUGUUCAAUACUCAUUAAAGUUGGGCAAGAUGACGAAAAUCUAUCCAUCACAGAUGGUAUAAGUAAUUUCAUAUCACGGUAAUGGAAUAUGUUAUGAUUUUGCUGGAGAUUAAAUGAAAAAAAUGUAAAAGCAGUGAGUUUCACAGUCCUUCCAACUAAUAGUCGCCGAAAUGCAUCUACUGCAGCAUAAGCAACACUAUAGCAGUAAAUCUUUACCAGCUUACAUAUGGUAUAAACCAUCAUACUGCUUCUUUUUCAUCAUCUUUCUUUGAUGUGGAUUGAUAUACGAGCUUUGGGCUUGUCCUCCUGUGGCAUGAAACCCAAAAGAGUCUUGACUUUAGGUCCUGUGGUCUUUCUGUAGUCAGAGUAUCAAUUUUAAUGUUACUUUUGGCUCAGACUCAAUGUUAAAUGAUGACUUCCACAUAUUCUUAUGAAUGAGUAGAGCUUUUCCCGUCUCCCCUGCUGAAAUAUAAAUGCAACUGUAGUUACUUAAAUGGAUGAGUGGAAAAAGCCAAUGAGCCGCGCUGUUGUUAAAAAGCUAAAGGAAUCUAUUUUAAGACCCUUAACAAAUAAGGCACAAAAGACAAGUGAAUUUGCCUCGUUUUGCUUUUGUAUUUCUGUGGAGUUUUGAGAAUGUGCAUAUCUUGAUUUGUAUCUUAAGGCCUGUUUGCACCAAGAAUGAUAACUAUAAAGAUAAGUAUAUCUAUAGUAGCAUUCACACCAACGCAAAAUAAUGUCGUCUGCUGCGUUAAAUGUUUGAGCACUUUAAAGUUGGGUGGAUUCUGAUUGGCUGUCAAUGUUUUUAUCGUUCAUCAGCUGGAGAAAUUUGUUGUGGAAGUGAUUCUGAGGAUAUUGUUCCUCUGUGUCGUUUUCAUUAAAGUUGUGGUGUGGACUCUGCUGUUCUCAUAGAAUUAAGAUGAUUAUUAAAACUUUAUAGUUAUGGUUUUGGUUAUCCUUGGUGUGAAACUUUACUGAAGUUUCAUCUAUUUAUUGUUGUUCCUAUGGCAACAUGAAUAUCAAAUUAGCAACUACACUGACAGUCCUUCUGAGAAUUCUGCCAUCUCUUAGAAUUGUGUUUUUCUUUCCGCCAACCAUCAAGUCAACAAUUAAUUUACUGUUCUCAGUUUGUGCGAACCUCUGAACUGAAUAUCAUUUGAGCAUGUCAUUCUUCCUCCUAUUUAAAAAAAAAAAACUUCCUCUUUUUUGCUUAGUUUGGAUAAAAUGUAGAUGAAAAUCACAUAAGAUCCCUCAUAUGACAGAAACUGAAUCCAUUUGGGCUGGACCAAACCUCCCCACCUCCAACUGUUAAUCUGGUCUUGACAGCUUGUGACCUCUGUGUGAUACCACUGUGCCCAACAGUCAAACAGUAGUGGCCUUUUACAGUUUUGAUCCAUUUUAAUUGCCAAGACCUUAGCUCUGUCAGUUAUCAUUUGAUACAAGUCUACCAAAAUCUCCUAGGAGUACAAAUUGUAAAUCCUUAAGAACAGGGCGAGUGUGCCAGUUUAAUUAAUUUCAGUGUUUCAUUAAAAUCCUUGAAAUUAAUCUUACCCUUGUGGAGUAUCGUCUUUUCGUACUCAGCAUGCACAAAACACCCCAUAAAGAUUACGAGCCAAUAUUUU